GCCAACGGCCGCGGCGCUGACAGGAGCCCCCGGCCAUUGGUUUCGGGAGCGGGGCUGUGGUGAGGGCGGCAGCUCGAGCCGCGGCUGAUUCCCGUAACCAAGGCGCUGCCUGGCGCACACGGACAGACACUAACAGACAGACAGAGGGAACGGAGUGGCGCGGGCUCGGCGCUGCCUUUGCAGCCUUUCUCCUCCCUGCACCAUGCUCCGCUCCAGGCAGCGCCCGCCUGCUGCUCCCUGAGGGGAGAUAGCCCGCCGCCGCCCCGCGCCCAGUUAAGUGGGCGACUGGCACGCGGUUACCCGUUCCCGCCGCCCGGUUACCUGAGUUAGCUCCGUCCCGGGCACUUCGGGCUGCCGCCCCUCCGUAGCGCCUCCCCCAGCUCCCGCUGUGGCAGCCUUUGGGCGGCGGAGAGUGAACCGCGAGCAGCCGGAGGGACUGCAGCCGCCGCCGGGGGAGAGGAGCUCCAGCCCCCGCCUCCGGAGCUCUUCAUGGCGUCUCACCAGCAGACCAGGAUCCAAGCCUACCUGGAGAAGAAUAAGAUCGGUCCCCUCUUCGAGGAGUUGAUGACCAAGCUGAUAACAGAGACACCUGACCAGCCAAUCCCAUUUCUAAUUGACCAUCUUCAGUCCAAACAGGGGAACCGCAAUCAGCUUCAGAGAACCUUGUCUGGCUCUGCUGCCCUUUGGGCAGAGAGUGAAACAUCAGAAAAUAAAGGAACAAGGAGAGAUUAUAGAAGCUAUGAUAAACCUUGGCAGGUAAAUGCAAAAAAGCCUAAAAAGUCAAAGAGCGACCUUGCCGUGUCCAACAUUUCUCCACCGUCUCCAGAGUCCAAGUCAUUGCCAAGGUCAAUAGAUCAUCCUAAAUGGGAUUGGAGGACAAAACCGGAGAACCAUGAUUUUGAUGAACUAAAUCAUAUUCUUCAAGAGAGCAAAAAACUUGGAAAAGCCCUUGAGAAUCUGUCUCACAGCAUUGCUAUUUCUGAUGAACUUGAUAAGGACACAACAGGUUUUAACGCCCCCCUUCUCAGACCUCGUGUGAUUGGAGAAUGGAUUGGUCGUGAGGAGAAUGAUGCAGACCCACUGGCUGCUGAGAUGCUGCAGCCACCAAUACCAAGAAAUAAAAAUGAGCAGUGGGACAGUGAGGAUAGCAGCAGUCCUGGAGGAAGCUUAAAAAUGGAGCCAAAGACCAAAGGAUUAAAACAACAACAGCAACAACAUAAGAAACUGCUGGCUGCCAUGCUUUCUCAGGACUCCUUUGAUUCUGCUCAAAGCACAGCUCCAUCUGUAACUGAAGAAGAUAUUGACAAUGAAGAUGAUGCAAUGGAACUGCUGGAGGAUCUUGAUGAUCUGAGAAUGGAAGGAGUAACAAGUGUGAUGUCUUCUGGGAGCAAAUUCAAUCAAACUCGAAGUGCUUAUACGGCUGAGCCUCAAGCAAAGGUCACAUUGAAUAUCUGCGCAAGAUGUGCCAGAUUGCAAGGAGAGAAUUUGGCAGAAAGGCCAGAAGAUGUCUCCGUGGUAUCUCAAACAUCUGAAUCAGCAGUUGCAGACUCUGAUGCUCAAUCACCCGGGGUUGAAACACUUACAGAAGAUGUUGAUGAAUUUCAGAGUGCCUCUCAAGUGGCAGGAUCUUCUCAGACAGUUUGGACCCUGGAUGCCAUGGGUGUCAGACCAGGAGGUUCCCCAAGGCAGAAACUCUUAAAGGACUCCUUAGCAGCAAAAGAACUUCAGACCAUGGAAAAACACCUAGCUGAUAUUGAGAAGGACCUAGCACUGUGGGAAGAAGCAAGGCUCUCAAGAAGCCCAAGUAUCCAACAUCAUAGUUUAGUUACAUCUGACCAUCAAGGCAAUCUUCAAGCUACACAAGGCCAAAAUCCAAGGCCUCAGGUGCCAACUCAGAUGGGGAAGAGCAUUCAGCUCCAAGGAAACAAAUCACCACCACUGCCCACUAACAGCAGAACACAGGUCUCCAGUGUUGCAAACAGCAGGCCUCCAACGCCUGGUACACAAACCAACAGGCCAUCAACUCCAGGGAGCAGACCUGUGACCCCAAAUAGCUUGCUGUCACGGCCUCUUACCCCUAGCAACCAAGGAAAUAGGGAAGGCAUCAUUAGUAUGCAAAGGAGCAGAUCUUUGACAUCUAAGAGCCAAAUGGGGAGGACCCUCAGCGCUGCUUCAGGGCUUUCAGUGCAAAUGAGUGGAGACAUUGUUGGAACUGUCACUACUCAGAGAAGCAGUUUAUCAGAAGAUGAAUUCUUACAACAGCUUCAGCUUGCUCAUCAACCUUGGAUAUUGCCGAGUGACACAGAAAGUGAAGGAGUGGAAGCUGAUCAAGACAAAUGUGAGUAUAUUUGUUAGGACCAGAUAAUAUGUCAAAAACCCUCGAAAUUUUAACUUCUCUUUUUCAUAUCUUCAAAUCCUGUGAAGCUGUCAUGCUGCUCACAGGAGCUUUUCUUCUAAGUACCAAUUACUCACUUGUUUGAGGACUCAACUUUAGAGGAUUGAUUUACAUAAGCUUUCCUACAGUCGCUGAACAAUGACAAAAUUAUCACAGACCAGUUUACUUAGCUAGGUGAAACAAUUUGUUCUGAUGUGUUAAAGUAGCUGUUCCAAAGAAGUAGCGUGAAAUUGAAAUAGAUACUCUGUUUAGUAAAUCUGUAUUGACCAACAAAAAAACCCAAAACAAAACAACACCAUAAAACCCCCAGAAGCUCUGAAAAAAACCUCAGUAGCUUCCUCCUCAGGCCUGUGACUGCAUUACCUCUAUUUUGCCUGCGUUCCUUUGAAUUCUCCUGUAUGGAAAAAAAAUUUUCUUAAUCACACAAGUAAUCCUUAAUAUCCUACAUUCUUUGAAGCAGUUGUCUAAUCAUGAAAGCAAAGGUCAGAAGGAUCAUAACCUAAAUGACAGAACAAGUAACAACAAGUAACAUGCUCUAAAUUGCAAUACAUUCAAACUGUAGCAAGUUCUGUGUGCCUACAAGGUACCUGUAAAUGAUCUUGCUGAAAAUGCUACGUUUUGCAUUUUCUUUUUUAAUUCACAGCAGUUUUGGGAUCUGCAAGGGUGAAUAUGCAAACUGUAUCCUAACAUAUCUUAGGUAAUGUACUUGAAAAGAACAGAUGAUUCAAUCAGCAUAUUUAGUAAACUUAAUACUUUCUUCUAAAACUGCUUUAAACAUGCAGAGUUAAGAAAAAGCCAAUUUCUUCACUGAAUGGAACAGUUGUGUAAGGCAUUAAUGAUUCAUAAUAAAGAGAAUACAUUUUUAAAUUGUGCCACAUAAAAAAAUGAGAGUUUUCUAUUCAUGUACCAGUUUCACAAGUCCAUACAUAGCCCAGGGUUUGAAUAUGAAAUUUCAGUUUGCACAGUGAGAUACUGAAGAGCAUGUGACAGUUUUUUUAACACUAGUACAGUGUUAAAAUGAAGUUCUGUGUGUCCAGCUGAUUUUGAUCCAAAGCCAGUAAAGUCCAGUUUGACUUGCGCCUGAACCUUUCAGUUAUCUUUGGACUGAAUCUCACCUUAAGUGGCCCAAGGGAGAGCCCGGUACCUGCCUUUUCUGUGCAUGUGAAUUUUCUUCUCUAUUUUCUGUAACGAAUUUACAAUCCCACAAAUGUUGGUAAGGCUGGCUGCACACACAUAGACUGGUGAUAAUUAUGUGAUCAGGGAGACUGAUGCUUCAGAACACAUCAGAUGCACAGCAUGGUUCUUUUAUAGCUGCUGUGCCUGAAUUGCACGGAUGUGGGGACUUCUGAGCAUCCAAGAUCCUAUGCUAUAGGAUUCAAAGAAUCCUGGUAGAUCAUUGUCACUGCCCAGUGUGACAGAGUGGUAAAUUAUAGAUAAAAGUCUCAGUUCUACCACCAGAUUUGUACAGAUGACCAUUGCCUAAAUAAUAACAAUUGUUUUUCCUUAAUCUGAUGGCACUAAGAACAAAGGAAAAAAAAGGUAGCUGUAAGCUAUAGUUACUGACCAAAAGUUAAAGCAUGUUGUUAAGGGCAUUAUCCAACCAUCUUUAAACACUGAUGGGUUUGGGGCAUUGACCACCUCCCUAGGAAGCCUCUUGAGUAUUUGACCGCCCUCUUGGUAAAGAAAUGCUUCCUAAUGUCCAGUCUAAACCUCCCCUGCUCAGCUUUGAACUAUUCAUAUGCAUGCUAUCACCGCAUCCCAGGGAGAAUAGCUCAGAUCUUCUCUCCACUUCCCUUCCUCAGGAAGCUGUAGAGAACACUAAGGUUGCCCCUCAGCCUCGUCUCCAAACUAGGCAAACCCAAAGUACUUAGCCACUUCUCAAAGGAUAUUCCUUCCAGCUCUUUCAACCAGCUUUGUUGCCCUCCUUUGUUGCCCUACAUAUUCAAGGACCCUUCUCACUCUUAAACUGUGGGGUCCAGAACUGCACACAGUAUUCAAGGUGAGGCUGCACCAAUGCUGAAUACAGUAGGGUGAUCACUUCUUUUGCCCAGCUGGUGAUGCUGUGUUUGAUGCACCACAGGAUGUGGUUUGCCCUUUUGGCUGCUAGGACAUCCUGCAGGCUCACAUCGAGCCUGCUGCUGACCAGCACCCCCAGAUCCCUUUCUGCAGGGCUGAUUUCCAGCCACUCCUCUCCCAUUUUAUGCUUGUUCCUGGCAUUACUCCAUCCUAGGUGCAGGAUCCAGCAUUUGGACUUGUUAAAUUUCUUCCCAUUAAUCACUGUCCAGUCCUCCAAUCUGUCUGCAAGGCCUCUUGUCCCUCAAGACAGUCCACGGCACAUUCCAGCAAACUUGCUAAUGGUGCAUUCAACUCCUGCAUCCAGGUUGCUGAUAAAUAUAUCGAAUGGAACUGGAGGUAGGAUUGAGCCCUUUGGAACACUGCUGGUGACCAGUCAUCAGCCAUAUGUAGCUGCACUCACUAUAACCCAUUGAGUUCUGCUCUUCAGCCAGUUCCUCACCCAGUGCACCAUGAAUCUGCUCAUCCCACAGUUGAACAACUUGUUCAGAAGGAUGCUGUGAGGGACAGUAUCAAAUGUCUUAUGAAAAUUCAGAAAAACUACAUCCCUCACCUUCCCUUCAUCUACUAAGCAUGUGACCUUAUCAUAGAAGGAUAUCAAAUCAGUUAAACAGGACUUUUGUUUUGUGAACAUACAUUGACUGUGCAGUUAACUGUAGUGUAGUUAACUGCUGCACCCUUUAUAGUAGGUCAUUGUUUCUUCUGAUAUAACUAAAGGAGUAGAACAAAAGCAGAAAUUACAGAACUGCCACUGGUGACAGAGAGAAGCUGCCAAUUCCUAGUUAUAAAGCGGAGAGACAGUAAGGGGCCUGGCAUACUUGCUGAUGCCAGUGCUUGUAGGCAGAGCAGCUGGCAAGUUUACACAUCGUUUUUCACCCUAAAGUUAAUAAAUCUGUGUGGAUGUUUUGUGUGUGAUUUAGUGUUGAGAGGGCCCAGGAGUUCAUAAUUUAUGACUUUGAACAGAAGAGCUGCAAAAUUAAUCUUUACAAUAGCAACACCUGUUCUUUGACUCAGCUUUUAAUAAAUUGUAUGUAGAUAAUAUUUACCACAUUCUUUGACUGCUUUGAGAUAAUAGCAGCCAGGUGUAAAGCUAGUUUUUGGUAGUGGGAAAACUAACAAUUGAAAAAGAGAAGCUAUGUGAGUCACCAUGAGUUCUUUUAAAUGAAUACUUGCUGGUUAGUGUUCUAUAAGAAAAAAAAAUUGGGGAUAACAGUUUCAAAUGUAGUCAGAUGUAAGAGUUUAAAGAGGCUAUUUUCAAAGCCAGUGGUAGCUUGAAAGAAUUGUGUCACUCUGGCAUCCCAGCAUCUUCCAAAAAACAUCAUUUGCAAAACAGAUAAGACAGCACACAUCUUUUCUUAUAGAGGUGAGAUCAAAGUUCUCAGUUCUUGUAAAUCAGAACUUACUUUCUAAAUACUUUAGGUUCUCUGACAGCAUUUUUAGAGUUUAUCCUUAUCAGCAAGAUCCAAAGAUAACUAGAAGUCAAUAAUUUUUAAAGCUUUAUACAAAUUAUGUCAAAAUUUGAAAUCAAAUAGGCACUCGUAUAGCAGAGUAUAAAUGAUUACAGCUUAAAAGAUCUGUUAUGUUGCAGCAGGAAGGAAAAAUUUUUAAGAAGCGUUGUUGAUUUUUUCAGCAUACCCUUUACUUCCUCUUUAUAUGCUUAAUUAAGUUUUGGCCAUAUGUCAGACAGAGAAAGACAGGUGUAUAAUUUUCACUUGAGAACAGGUCCCACAAAGACUGCUGGUUUGAAAUUUCUAAUGCAUCACUAGCUUCCAAAAACCUUGAAAAGACAAAGACAGUCUUCUGGUGUAAUUUAACCUACUAUCUGUAGUCCCAACAUGCCUAAAAGCCCGAGUCUGCUUUCUUGGGAGCCUAACUCAAGAAGUAACCCUCACGACAGGUUCCCCAGGUUCUCACAGUCUUGUACACAGAGUAUCCCUACCUGCAGUCAGUCCAUGUGUCAGAUGUACAUGAUAGGUGAAUAAUGUAGACCCUUAGUGAACUUGCUACUUGGUUAAUACAUAUUAAAUAUAUAUAUAUGCAUAUGUACAUUCCUUUGCCCUAAUCCACUUAAGGCAUGUCAGUGUCUGUAGCCAUUGACACACUGAGUGAUGUGGCUGCUACCAUUUGCAUUCUAACUUCAGCUUGUCAGCGGGAGCACUAGAUGCUCACUUCUAGCUUGGCUGAUCUGGGACAAGGCUUGAAAUCUCACCUGCUGACCUAUGGCAAGAACCUUAAAUGUUUUGCCACUAUACAUCUGCAAAGUCUUUUCUAAGGUUUGCAGUGGAAGGUCAACUGCUGAUAAAUCGCAGGUGAUUGUUGGGAAAAAGUGGGAUUGUUACUCUGUUCAUUCUUGCACUGGUCUUGAAACUCUACAGUCAAAGACAUGCUGCUUAUGACUUCAACAGGUAUUGAAGAAAACCUUUUUCCCAUUUUUCACAACUGUCCACUUAGGAAAAAGAUGCAAUAAAAGAAAGUUUUUUUGUAGAAUCAGGAAAUUCAGACUGUGUUCCAGUAAAAUUCCAAACUCUACAAUAUUUGUCCAUGAGUAAAAUUCCUUACACUGAGCAAAUCAACACGGCUAAACAGUUUUUCUUAAUUAUGAAAAAAGUGUUCCUAAGAUUUGGAAUAUUGCUUGAUAAUAAGGAGGUGUUUACUGCUAUUUACUGGAAUCUGUUUGUGAAAGUUUGCUUUUGCUAGAACCGGGUACUACUCAGUAUGAGUUAGAAUGACAAAAUCAGGCUUCAAGCAGCAGCUGUUUAUUGCAACCUUUGUGACAUUAGCACGAACACAUUUCUGUCAGUUAAAUUCAGCUAUUUGUAUUUGUGGUGUGCUCAGAUGGAGUAUAGCAGUACUGGAAACAUCUCUUUCAGUGGGUAUGAGUUUAAGGCAAGCCUGGAUCUGGUUUCUCGAGGGAAUAAUGUAGUUAUGAGGCAUUCUUAGAUUAGUCAAUUGUAUUUAUGGUUAAGAAAAACAUAAUAUUUGUAGUUUGAAAUUUUUUGCAGUGAAUUCAAUAUAAUUUACUAUUACUAUAGUAAAUUCACUAUAAAUACACACUUUUUUUUUUUUGUUCCGAAAGUAAAUCUGGGUUGAACUUCUGGGACAAGUUCAGAGUUAUGAAUCUUGUGGAGAAACUUACUGGUAUCUUUCUUUCAUUUAAUACUUCAAAAGUAGUAAUACAUACUGGAGUAAGAAAGUUGUAUCUCCCCAUCCCGCAUAAGGUUUCUAAGGUUAAAACCUCAUGUGAUUUUUGUCUGCCUGGGGUAUGAGUAAUUUUCCAUAUUUCUCCAGUGUGUCCUUACAUAUGUUAAAGAAGAUCUGUUGUCUCUCAUUCUCCCUACCAAUGGCUUAGCUAGGUAUUUAGCUUGAGACAGUUCUAUGUCCACUUCAGAAAUGGGAUACCAGUAAGAAUAGCGUUCCUGUAAACAAAAAUUCUCCAAGCCUAUUGGAUGGUCUUCGCUUGAUGUCUUGUAACACCCAUAGCUGAAGCUGCAGCAUUUCAUAUAACUGCUAUUUGAGACUGAAAAUGAGAGAAAAUGAUUUUCAAGCAUGGAAACUUGCCCACUUGGAUUUAAUUAUUUCUAGAUAGUGAAACAAAAGUGAAACAAAGGAAAUUGACAUUAUUUCUACCACAAGUUAGAUGACUGUUGGAUGGUGAGGGGAAAGUUCAAAUAUAGCUAAGGAAAGUUGGAACAAGACUCCAGAUCCAUUUUUUGAAUGGAUGCACUUAAAUCCAAAGCUGCCAUUAUCUAUCUCCUUAUAUUAUUUUUAAGGCUUUAGCUCAUGUCACUUUUUUUCUACUGACUAAUACUUGGUUUCAUCUUUCAAAAGUUCACAUUGAACUAAAUAUUUGGGAGAAGGCAGGAAUUUUCCAUUGCAGCGAGGAAAAAAAUUCUCAAAAUUUGUUUCGGUGCAGAAAGCUGUUUUCACUAUAACUUGCAAACCAAAGGAUUGCAAACCAAAGGAUUUCAUUUUCUGCAACUUACAUUAUUAUGGUAAAUUUGGAUUCCCAAAUACAUUUAACACAAUAAAAAAUGACACUGUAAUUUAAAAAAGGGUGUAGAGAAUUAUCAGGGCACGCAUUAGAUAAAUUAAAGGCUGGCUCACUGAGGAAUCAAAAACUAGUUUUUCUAAUGGGAAGAUGUAGGUGAAUGGGGCUCAUUAGGGUCUGAUAGGUUUGGAUAAUUGGUGGGAAGGACAAGUUGAAGUUAUUAAAUUAUAUGAAUCCCCUGGUAUAAUGGCUGCAUUCCAGUAAAAUGCACUUUAUUAUAACCAGAUGAAGUAUAUCUGAAACAAAUGAAAUAUAUCUGGCACCAGAGAAACAUAUCUGUCUCUGCUGCAGAAUAAUGAGGCUCUGUCCUGGAAAGCAGUGACCUAAUGGAUUUAGAGUCAUCAUAGAAGAUCAUCUUAGUGUGAGCUCUCAGCAUAAUGCUGUCACAAAGAAGGGUAGACCAUUCCUUGAAUGCCUAAAAAGUUAAGCAGCAAAGUAAUUAUUCCACAUCAUAUCGGUAAAAACCUGUGGGUUUGGUGUCUUGCUGUUAAGAAAGAUUGGAAUUACUUGAGAGAUUUCAGAAGAUGAUUAAAAAUGACCCAGGAUUUGGGAAGUGCUCUUAGGAGUUUGCCUCACCUAAAGGCAUUCAACUAGGAACCUUAGAGAUUACCUGGUAUCUGUAGGUAGACAUUUAAAUAAAAAAGAUUCAACUCAUCAAACUGUGACAAAGAAAAGUUUUCUGUCCUAGCAACCAGAAGCCUUAAGCACUGUAAGCAAAAGUUAAGGACGACAAUGAAGUCAUUAGCAUGAGGUGAUAGAGCUUGCUAACUGACAGAUGAUAGAAAAUCCAGCAGGAGAUUCUGUGGGCUUUAUACAGGUAUAUGGGAGGUCAAACUAGGUGAUCACAGCAGGAUUUUUUGUCUUGGUGCCUAUGAAUAUACUUAUUCAUUCACAUAAAUAACAGACUGGUUGUGCAACUGAAGUUGCUUUCCUGGACACUACAUGUUAGGCAUUGAUAAAGAUAUGCAUGAUAUAGUGAUCAUGAUUCUACAUUUAUCUGCCCCACAGUUGUUUUUAUUAUCAUAAUUUAGUCCUUGGAAUAUAAAAAUCUUUUAUUGGAGAAGGUAGGCUAUGUCUGGAUAAAAUAAUGGCUGUCCUUAGUGAUCCAAAAAUAUAUACCUGGGAAAUAUGACAGUUUGGAUUAAUACUGACUGUAACAAAGAUAUUAAUAAAAUACUGUUAAAAUUUACUGUGCUCUAGAUAGUCAUAGAAGUCUGUAGAUUUCAAAGCACAAAAUAUGUUCAUGCUAAUUUUGUCUGUGUGAAUGUCUGGUAUUAAAUGGCAAUUUACAUACUAACAGUGAUAUAAAUAUUUUGCUUUUAAAAGAUUUAUUUUUUUUAAAUUCAAAACAUAUCUGCAAGUGGAGUUCUAAGCUUCCAGGAAAAAAAAAUAUUGGAUGUCCAUAAUUUUUGAAUUCCAGAGUUCUAUGCCUUGUAUAAACCUCUCUGGAUAGAUACCCAGGUAAGUUCAACAGAUAAUCAUCUAUGCUCAUCACUGCAAAAUUGUACUAAGCUUUGUUAGAAUUUUGUUCCAAAAUAAAAAUAUAAACAUAUAUUGAUUUACACACAUCACAAUAAAAAUACUCCACUAGCUGUAUAUUGAUAUAGCAGGAGAUAUAGGUUGAUACAAGAACUUUAGUUUAAUUCGCAAUGUGUAGUGUAUGUGUUGAAACACAGGUUGUUUAGUAUUGGGGUGUUAAAAACUCAUGCUAAAAGGACAUAAUAAAGAAUAAUAAGCAUCUAGGAAAGUAAAGCUCUUCUCUAAUAUUAAAAAAUUUUGGAGAAUAAAAUAAAGCUUUUACUGACUAAUAACUGACAAGCAGUUAACAAGGUUAGCCAUUAUAGCAAAGAAAUGGGAAUGCAGCCUACUUUGCUGCAUCUUGAUGAACUUUAAUUAAAUCACUUGAUUUGGUUUUGUUUGUAUCGGAUUGGUCCACCCCCUUUUAGCCUUUGCUCUUGCAAAACACAUGUUGAGUAAAGGUAACUUGAACGUAGCUCUUUGUGAAGACAUGCAGUGAACUGAGAACUGAUCUUAUUGGAAAAUCUCUGAGUAAAAAGAACAUUUUUACUCAGAUAAUUCAGUCUUCUGUUGCUGCUCACCCUGUGGCUGCCUGACAUUUGUGCUGUGUGAAUCAGGAGCAGCAACAUCUGAAUCUGAUAGUGAUGAGCUGAGGCUGCUUUAGCUGGCCUUUCAACCAAGACAUGCUUAUGAAGCAAUACUCCUAGAGUUUUAGUAAGGACAAGUGACUAUAAGCCUGUGAAAAUUGUGAGGUGCAAAGUCAUCCUAUUAAACUAUGUGUGGCUGUAGAGGGGUAUAACGAUGAGCUGUUUGACUAAGGGACUGCUGUCCAGACUUUCUGGUUGGAAGGAACUGGCCAUUUCAUGUGUCCUUCAUAGUACAGAGCAUUGGAAAGAGCUAGGGACCAAAUCAUACUGAUGGGCUCAUUCUUCUAUGCCUUUCUUGCUUCCUUCAUUUGCCAUGCUUGCUGAGUGCUUUCACUGCAGGCCAAGAAGAUCUUGCCACAAACCCAUGUGAGCUUUUUGGCCCAUUUCAUUGUCCCAGCUUUUUUCAAGAGCUAUCAAACCCAGUCAUCUUUCACCAGUGCCUUGUAUAGUCAUUUACAGCACUGAAGAAAGAGCACAAAGUAGCCCUGAAGUACUACCAAAGCACAUUGGUCAUGUUCUACACCUGCUUUUCACUCAGUUCGUUUGAAUGCAAAUGACCCCAUGAAGUGCAAGACCCAGGGAGCAACUAGCUAAGGGAGUACAUCCUUUUGCAUUAAAUUAGGCCUUGAAAGUUUUUUUGGCUCUACAACUGCAUGGUUGAUUCAGCAGAGGGACCACAUUGGUGCAGAAACCAGAAAAAACAUAGAACGCCUGACUGUAAUCCCAGGGUGCAAAAAUGAGUAGGAGGUGAAGGAUCUAUGAAAGAAGUCUGUUUUCGUUCUUUUGUCUGGUAUUCUCUAAGCUCUAAAACAAAUAAAUUAACACUCCUUAUUAUCCUAUUGCUGUAAAUGUGUUUUACAAGGCCAAGAUUUAUUCUAAGCCAAAACCAUAGAAAUUCUUCUUUCAUCAUGAAGAGGAAGGAUUUCAAAAUCAAGUAGGAAAAGCUCCGUAACGGAAAAGAUAAAGAUUUUAUGAUAUAAAUAUGGUGACUGUUCUUGAUCUUGUCAGGGGGAAAAUCCAUGAAUGUGGAGACUGGGGAAGAGGGAGAAGAGCAGAGAGUUGAUAUAGGUGACUUCUGUGUGUUUCGAUGAAGUUUUGUUUGGCAAUGCGCAACGCCAGUGUGAGUGGUACAGCAGGAUCUGGGCAAUGCUUAUUUUCUCUGUGUCUUAUUUCCCUGAUCUGCAAAGGAAUGAUAAAAUGUGAUAACUGAUGUCAAAGCUAUGAGAAAUCACCAGUUAAUGUUUCUAAAAUGUGUCACGAGUCUGGGCCCCAAUUCUAAUAUCUAUCUGUUUCUUUCUGGCAUGAUUUCACUAAAUUUGAAAUGGCUGUAGUUUUUCAGUUAUUUUCCCCAAGUAACUCAGUGGUGGCUUCCUGCUUGUAUUAACUACUUUUAAAUUAUUGUCAUUUCCUUUUGUAUUGGAGAAAUCAGCUUGUCAGAAUAUGACUUGUCUCACCUACCUUCAGCUAUGUAAAUGGGAGGGAGUCUAGUCCAAGCUAUUUGUUCUCUGAAGGAGAGAAACAAAGGGACCUCAGAGGACAGCCAGAGAUCUGUCUUACAGGGGGACUGAGAGAGGUACACUGAAUCCCAUCACCCUUCCAGGGUGUCCUUCAUCUCUUCCAUCUUGACCUUGGCACAUCUCUAUCUCAUGUCAGCUGAAAGUUGAUUUGAUCUUGCUAAUAUCAUUUCUCAUCAGUCAAGAAUUCCAUAAUGUAUAUCGGGUAGCAUGGAAUAUAUUUUCUGGCUGGCAUCCCACUGCCUUCUGCAGCUAAGACAAUCACAGUCCCUGGAGUUUUUGUGGGUAACAGUCAUGAGAAGAAUUUGCAAAUGAACAGGCUUAUAUGUAUUUGCUUUUCCAGCCUUAAAACAAAUUUUUUUACUUUAAGGUCAAACUGUGACAAUACUUGAAUAUCUGCUAAAUGAAGCACCCCCAAGGAAAACAGUUGUUAAACAUUAGGUACAAAUGACAAAAAAAUUACAUAUGAGGUUAAUAAAAGGUAAGAACUGUUGCUAAGAUUUCCUAGGCUUAAUUAACAUUUUUUGAUGCAGAGGUUUUCAUGGUAUGUACAUAUUCAUGUAUGUUGAAUAUCAGUACAAUAUCAGAUAUAAAGUCCAGGCUUAUCACCUGGUAAAGUGAACCUUAAGGAUCUUGUUCCACGUGUAGUUAAUUGAUUAGCUGGAGAUAAUGGGAAUAGCUUGUUGCUGCCAAGUUUCUUUAAUCUCCCAAAGAGGGCUUGCAUAUUUAUAUGUUCAAGAGGAGUGAAUAAAUGUGAAGCUGCUGUGCCUGAUUUCCUUCAGUGUUUAAAAAUGGCAAGGUGAAGGCUUCUAAAGUAACACACAGACCUUUAUGCGUUCAGCUGUGUAAUUAUAAGUGUUGUGGUGUUUAUUUCUGGUUUAUAACCCUGAUUGUCUAACUGGAUCCAUGUAAUAGGUAUAAUGUAAAAGCAUUAUAUCCUUUACAUAACCUGGGGCAGGGGGCAGAUUGUAUUAUAGUCAGCAACAUUUGCAAAACAAUCUAUUUCAAUACGUGUGUAUAAAUAUUUGCAAAAGCUAAAUUUCCAUUUUGCUUUGGGGAAGGUUUUCAAAAUGAUCACAAUCAGAACUCAAAACAUUGCUAUCUCAGCUUCUCUGAUUCAUAACAAUUGCUUUUUAUGUUUGAUACUUUUUGAAACACUGGUCAUUGUUUGCAAUCUCUUACUACUACUGAAAACGAAGCAGCAGACCCCCUCCCCCCCCCCAAAAAAAAACCCUCAGUGAA